AUGUUAGAAAUAAAAGACUGUAUCCAAGUUGAUAAUCAGGAUCAUUUAAGUUUGAUCGAACAAAAGGUUUUUCUCUCGCAUCAUCGUAUAAAAGAUAUAUGUUUAGGUGUAGACCAUACUCUUGAUGAAAUGACAGUUAUAUGUUUGAAAGUGAUAAAUUUUAUUAACAAAACAUUUCCAAAUGUGUAUUUUUAUAUCGGGAUUGCAGGUGCUGUAGAAUACAGUCAGAUAUUAAAUCAAUCAAGCUUCAACAAAAAGGUAUUAAAAUACACUAGUAAUAUUGACCCACAUAAAACAAUGGAAUUAAGAAACAAAACAAAAAAUACCGUUGAAACACAUAUUGAAGUAAAUAAAAUUAAAAAUGUAAAACAUGGCUGGGUGAUUUUAUCAUCUGGAGAACGUAAACAAAUGGCAGUUCUCGAAAGUCUACUCAAUUCUCGAUUAUUGCAAGGUGUAGAUUGCAACAAAUAUGAAAGGUUUCUAAAUUGUAUUCCCAACAAGGAUAGCCACAACACCAAUAGUAAAACUGUAUUAUAUUUGAAGUUGUAUGAAUCAUCCAAAGAAUUAGGGGGACAUUGUAAAAUAGGGGGUAUUGAAAAGUUAUGCCAUCGACCAGGAGAGUCAAGAGAUGGUGCAGAAAGUUCAAAUACAAGUAAGCUAAGUGAUAGUGCAGAAACUCCAAAUGAAAAAUAUUAUUUUUUCCCUAUAGCAUCUCGUAUACCUCUAUAA